ACCCACCAAAAUCUCCGCCGCAUCGAACAAUCCCCAGGUCCUAUAUAAAAGUUCCGCCGCCUGCAAAUGAGUCGCAGCUUAUCGCUCUUGCAAAAUCCCGAACCCGACUAUUCGGAAUUUAUGGUAUCCAAAAGCCCGAAUCCGCCAGAGGGCUUGUACUUGGAUCCGAGCGGAAUGGCGUUACCCGGGCUCGGGCCAUUCGGCUCAGUCACUACCUCAGCGACGACGACGACGUCAACGACGUCGUCUUUGGAGGAUCUGAGUAAGAAGAUUCGGAAGCCGUACACUAUCACCAAGUCCAGAGAGAGCUGGAGCGAACCCGAGCACGACAAGUUCCUGGAAGCCCUCCAGCUCUUUGACCGUGAUUGGAAAAAGAUUGAAGCAUUCAUUGGGUCAAAGACAGUUAUACAGAUACGUAGUCAUGCACAGAAGUAUUUUCUGAAGGUUCAAAAGAACGGGACAAGCGAACAUCUACCUCCCCCUAGGCCAAAAAGGAAAGCUGCUCACCCAUAUCCUCAAAAAGCUUCUAAAAAUGCUCUGGCGCUUCCACAAGUGUCUGGGUCAUGUCAGUCUUCAUCUGCUUUACAUGAAUCUGGGUUUAUUCAAAGGCCAGAUUCAGCGUCAAUGCUUAUGAGUCCCGUUCCUUGCACUGUAGUCCCUUCCUGGACUGAUGGUUCCAUGCAAACAGCCAACCUAUCACAUGAGUCCAAAGGGCCAACUGUGCUGAAUAACAGUUGCAGUAGCACAGAAAGCACUCCAAAAGCUCAACCAGUUGAUGGAACAACUGAUCUAAUGAUUCGUAGCCAUGCAUUGAGAGUUCUUCCUGACUUUUCUCAAGUAUACAGCUUCAUCGGCAGUGUCUUUGACCCUAAUGUUACAGGUCAUUUGCAGAAAUUGAAGAAGAUGGAUCCAAUAGAUGUUGACACGGUGUUACUGUUGAUGAGAAAUCUGUCCAUCAAUUUGAGCAGUCCUGAUUUCGAGGAUCAUAGAAAGUUGCUUUCAUCCUACAAAAUUGACGCAGAUACAGAAAGUCAUGGUGAUGCAACUAAAAGCCUUUGUGACGACGAUCAACACAAGAAAGUUGCUUAAGUAGUAGUUCAUGAAGUCAGAAGCUUUUUCUCAUCCCCCUGUUGGCAGUGCUUACAUUUCGAAUCUAAUCGGUGCACAACUGGUGUUGACAUCCAGCCAACGAAUUGCCAGGGAAAAAAGGGCUCAUUAGCAUUAAGCGUCCGGUUGCAUCUGGGUGUUAACUCCUACACUAGGUUGUAAGUCACACAGCAUGUCCAUGCAUUUGGCAUCUCCGUGUGGUGUAUAUAUGAAGACAAAAGUAAUGCAUUUUACGGGAGUGUACAGGUGUUCAAAGUUAUGUUAAUGCUAUUCUGUACAGCGCUGGGUUCCUGUGUAUCCAAGUUUUUUAAUCACUAGUUGCGGGUUAUGUGAAUUUUUUUUUGGUUCAA